AUGGCAUCGCCUGCUUUUUUUCUCAAGAAGCCCAACGGAUCACUUCGUCUACUGAUAGAUUUUCGCGGACUCAACCGAUAUCUGAAACGCAGCCCUUAUUACGUCCCACGUAUACGCGAGAUCCUGUUGCGUCUCGCAGGAGCCAAGUAUCUGUCAACAUUCGAUGCUAAUAUGGGGUAUUACGCGCGUCGCCUUGCUGCCUCAAGCCGUGGUCACACAGCUUUCUGUCUUCCGUUCGGGAAGUAUCAAUACAAACGACUCCCAAUGGGCAUUUCUACAGCACCGGACGAAUACCAAGCCUGCAUGGAGAAGAUUUUUGGCGAUCUGGCUUUUGUCGUAGUCUAUUUGGAUGAUAUACUCGUCUACUCCGAUAGUGAAGAGACGCACCUAGAGCACCUACACAUUGUGUUCAAGCGACUAACCAAGUAUGGGGUAACUCUCAACGGAAAGAAGUGCCACAUCCUCAGACAGUCCGUCGACUAUCUCGGCUUUACGCUGACAUCUCAAGGGAUCCAGCCCCAACAAAAGAAGAUUCAAGCCAUCCAACAAAUUUCCGUCCCCAAAACCAGGAAGGAACUACGCCGCUUCCUCGGAAUGAUUAAUUACUAUAGAGAUAUGGUACCCAACAAGACGGCAUUGUGCCAACCUCUCAACCGAUUCACCAGCUCCAAAGUCCCGUUCGACUGGUUGUCUAGCGACACGGAAGCAUUUCACGCUAUCCAGAAAGCGUUUGCCCAAGCCGUACUGCUCGCGUUUCCUGACUUUGAGCAACCAUUUCACGUCUACGCCGAUGCCAGCGGAAAGCAAAUCGGUGGCAUCAUUAUGCAGAAGAACCAGAUUCUCGCCUGCUAUUCCCGAAGUCUCAACAAGCAUCAAGUGAAUUACACAACGAUGGAGCUUGAGCUCCUCUCUAUCGUUGAAAUGCUGCGCGAAUACCGCACCAUGCUGCUCGGGUUCCCUGUGGUUGUUCACACCGACCAUAAGAACCUAAUUUAUCCGACCGAAACCAGCCUGCGCGUUAAGCGCUGGAAGCUCCUGUUGGCUGAGUACAGGCUAUCGAUGCAUUACAUCAAGGGAACCAAGAAUGUUGGUGCUGAUGCGUUUUCCCGGAUGAGAUUCGAUGCGAUGAACACGAAGACUCAUUUGCAGCUCGCGGACGAGAUAUGCGCUACCGCUGAUGAACCAGAUUGUGUCAUGCAUGGUCCGGUUCUUCGCGAACAUCAAGAUAAGGACUUGAUGAUUCAAAAAAUCAAGACAGCUUGCCUCAACGGCAACAACAAUCCUGACUAUCAGCUUCUACCUCUACUCGGCUGCACGCUGGUCGCGUACCAAAAGCGCGUCAUCGUGCCCGAUAGCUUGCGAGAAGAUCUCAUUCGUUGGUAUCAUUUAACGCUCAGUCAAUCUGGCGGUGAACGACAGUACAAGACAAUGAGGCAGGUUCUCUACUGGCCCGGAAUGGAAGCCGCGAUCAUCAAGAAUGCGAAAGAUUGUCUAAUUUGCAAGAAGGCAAAGGUCCACGGAGGCAAGCAGGACUAUGGAUUACUACCACCACGAACACUCAAGACGGUGAACCCCUUUGACACCGUUCAUGUCGAUCUCAUUGGUCCCUACGAAGACGGACACUACGGUAUUACCAUGAUUGACCAUGCGACGCGUUGGCUGGAAGUGGGUAUUCAGCACGACAAAACUUCGCUGACCACAGCCGAAAGCUUCGAUCGUGAAUGGCUGUGCCGCUACCCGCGUCCUGUAACGGUUAUACACGACCUAGGAACGGAAUUCACUGGUGAUGAGUUUCAAGAAUUGCUCCGCAGCUACGGGAUACAAGCCAAGCCUAUAACAAGCAAGAACCCUCAAGCUAACGCUAUUUGUGAACGCGUUCACCUCGAGAUUUUAAAUGUCAUCAGGUGCCACGAUGGCACUGACUGGAAGAAAACCAUUCACUACGCUGCAUUCGCCGUGCGAGCAAGCUACCACAGCAUUCUUAAUGCUUCCCCAGGUCAACUACUCUUCGGUCAAGAUAUGAUCACUCGUCAGCUUUAUAACGCCAACUGGAGCUAUCUAUCGAAGCGUCGUUUUGAUGCAAUUCUCGCCGACAAUGACCGCGAGAAUAGCAAACGCCUCGAGCAUUUCUACAAUACGGGAGACCACGUGAUGUUACGCGUCCCCAAGAAGUUCCGUGCAAAAUUGCACGCAGUGGCAACCGGACCUUUUGUUAUCCGCCAAGUUCACAGCAACGGCACUGUGACCAUCGACAAGGGAGCAAUGGCAGAACGUGUGAGCAUCCGCCGCAUUUUUCCGUGCUAA